UGUUCGUGUUAUUUGCUAUCGUUGUUUGCUGUUACAUGUCUGAUGUGACGAUGCCAAAUUCAGCGUCGCCUGCGAACGUGUCCCUCUCGACCCGAUUCCACACAUGGCUGAGCGCCGUGCCACUCGCCACGCGAGCAGUGCUGCUCGUGUGCACUGCUGUGUUUGUCUUGGCUGCGACCGGCGCUGUGCCCCAGAUUGUCCAACACGGCGCUGCUGCUCCGUACCGCGACUUGACCCAGCCUUGGCGGCUGUUCACACACAUGCUCAUCCACGAGCAACUCUGGCAUAUUGUGCUCAACAUGAUGACGUUCGUGCCUCUCGCAGCGGCAAGCGAGCGCGCACAUGGAUCCAUUGCGUUAGUGCUGCUAUUGCUAGAAUUGUCGUUGCUGGGUGAAUUGGUCCAUGUGGCGAUCGCCGCGCUCUUGCUUGCAGCGGGAUUCCCGGCGGCCUACUACACAACCUCCAUUGGCAUGUCUGGAGUGAUCUUCUCGCUGCUGGUUAUUAGCAUUCAUCGAACUGCCAACGCCAGUGCUGCCAACGAGCAGCGCAGCCUGUGUGCCAUCUUUACCGUGCCGAGUUCCGUUUACCCAUGGGCAUUGUUAUUGGUCAUUCAGGCCUUCAUUCCGUCCGUGUCCUUCUUGGGGCAUUUAUCUGGCAUUCUCGUUGGGUAUCUUUUCUGCUUGGGUCUAUUCGAUUUGAUUGUUACCCCACAGUCGAUUGUUUCGAGACUUGAGGGAUCUGUGCUGUCACAGCGAGGCGGCUUUGUUGCCAGCUCGUCGAGCAUUGCCUCUGUGCCUCGCUCCUCUCCAUCAAGCAUCCUGCAUGCAUUCCGCAACGGGCUUUCCGAAACAUGGGCUUCCUUCAGAGGCGGCCUUCAACACUUACGAAAUCGCUUGUUCGGGAGCUCACCCCAUGCCCACGGCCCUGCCUAUUCCAAUCUUCCAAGCAACGCUCCCGAGCCCGACGUGGAAGCCGGCGCGUCGGAAAGCGGCGACAAGCGUUUCCCCGGAACCGGACAUCGUCUCGGCGGGUGAGAGCGUUCUUCCCAGCGCUCUUUUUUUUGUCAUGCUGUGGUGUUUUUGUUUCCUCGUCUGUUGUUUUUCUUUGGCUCCUUUCCAUUGUAAGCGUUUAGAGGUGUCGACUCCGA